AUGUAUAUAAUCAGUGAGAACGAGAACUUGUUGGAGCGUCUGAAACUAUUGAUUCUGAACAGUCCAGUCCUAGAUGGAGAGCCAGAAGAACAGAAUAAAGACGAGGCUACCUCUGUGUUAGCCAAACGAAGAGAUCAAUGUGCUCCAGAUGACAGAAUCAUGAUUCUGGUGGCCAAAAACUGGGACAAGCUCAUGUUGGAGACGAUUAGUGAUAUGGCCAGACUUCUCAUGGCUCAUGUAAGAGCUUUUCAAUUUUAAUUUUUUUUAAUUUUCAAAGUUUAUAAGCCUAAACCAACCUGUUUUAGCGCCCAGACGGCCAAAGCCAGCUGAUGAUCGUGAAGAAGGACUUUGAAUCGACCGACAGUGACACUCUCCAGAAUCUUAUGUUAGACGUUCGCCAACAGUGGUGUCAGGAAUGGACGUUUCAAUUUGAAAAAGUACGAAAAUUGGCCGAAAGUGAAGCCCGAUCCGAAUCCUUGAAGCGAAUCGACUUGUGGACCUCGCCCAAGAUGCCACAGUACUCGAUUGUGCACUUUGAUGAUCCUGAGCUGCCUGUGAGUUUAAGGCUUGUAUUUUGUUACGACUUUUAAUGGUAUUGGGCAUGUUUUAGUAGGUUUAUGUUAAGGAUACUAUUGUAGGUCUAUGUUAAGGUACAUAAAAUGAUAACGUUUUUCGUCAGAUAAUGAUCGUUUUGGUUUCAGGGUCUUAUUGCCAAAACUUUCAAACUGAAAAACGGAUUGGACAUCAAGGACACUUUUGCCAGAAGGCCUUCACUUUUCUCGAAACCUCCUGUAAGUUAUCAUAUUAAUAAUCUUACCACUUUUCUUGAUUUACAAAAAAAUCAUUUUGUAAAAUUUUUUUUUGUAAAAUACGAAUAAUUUCUAAAUCUUUAUAUUAACCUCAACUUUAGGCCCUCCACUGGAGUCACUUCCCCAGAGAAACCGAGCUACAGGUCAUGUUCAAGUUCACCUUCCCUUCCGGUACGAUGACCGAGCCCUUGUUCAGAGACAUGAGUAACUCGGCAAAACAAGCCUACGACUGGGAGUACGACUACGAAUGGACUGGUGGUAUUUUCUUCAAACAUGAGCUGGUAAGGAGGGUUCACCAUACUAAUAUAGGUCAUACCUUGACUUUAUAUAUGUUAUACUUUAAAGACUUGAUAUACAUUAUACGUUUGUUCUUCAAAGUACAGUAAAUAUAUUUGCUUGAUUACAUAAUAUUGUAAAGAUUGUCCAGUGUGUAAUGUAAAAUACGGCUUUCACAAUCAGUAUGUUUUAGACCAAAGUGAGUCUGUACCGUGCCAGUGACAGAGUGGUAGAACUGUCAGGUCGUAUCGAUGUAGAUGAAUAUGCUGCUGAAAUGGAGGAUGAAACACAAGCUGAACUGCCUUUAAAGAAGGUCUGGCCUUUGUUGUCACGAACUCUCAAAGCUGUUGUCACUGACUGCUUGACCUACAAAACUGAUGGAAAGUUGCCUUAUCAAGUAAGCUUUAAUAUCAGAUAUAACUACCUAAAGCAGAUUUAUUUUUGUAUUUUAGAGCUUGAUUUAGAGCAAUUUAUCAUUUUAUAACAAUACAGCACCCAAAAACUAAGUUUAUUCAUUUCCAGAUGAACAUUGCCUUCUUCGGUGCCCAGUUCUUCAAAGACAUUAACUAUGUCGAUGUGAAUGGUCCCAUCACAGCUCGUCUCCUCGAUUCAACCCAACUUCUAGGAGCGUUGGAAAGAACCGGCAAUAUCAAGUUUGGAAUCGGGAAACGACUGGUCGGAGUCGACCUAAAACAAGCCUUCCCUGGUUUCCAUCCCCACACUCUGGUCGAUAUCUUCAGUCAAGCUGACCUACCGGUCAGUACGAGUCGAGCAUCCAGCUCUCCACUGAUAUCGACUCCUGUUAUCAGCAAUACCAACAUUGUCUUGGAGAACAACGAAGACGACGAAUUCCCAGCUCAUACGAGUAACAAUGGACUGAAUAGCGACAGAAAUGGCACUCAGCCUGGAUUACUGGGAAUGAAUAUUGUAAGUUUAUAUAGGUAGAGGCUUUAAAAUUGAAAUUAUUUGCAUUUUUAUGAAAAAACAGCUUCAAAAAAGCAAGGUUAACAUGAAAUUCAAAGAAAAAGAUCUUUAAAAAUGAAAAGUUUCGUAUAAAACCUUCUUUAAAACUUCAAAAGCAUCAAUUUAUGUUGUUGUAGACCAAAAACCGAGGCAGACGAGUAUCAUUUGGAGCGAUUCGAGCCAUCCCAACCAGCAAUUUCCCCGAGAAUUCAUUUUUCCACCGUGAAUCGAGCCUCCCACCAGUUAACGGCACCCAGAAAUCACGAUCUACAGAAUCCCUGGAAGCCCACAACGAUGAGAAUGGCACUGUAGACGAAGCUUCGGUUUCGAACUUUGUGGACAAGUUGUUGAAGAAGACGAUGGACGAGGUUCUUGUCAUGGAUUAG